AUGGCCUCAAGUUCUAUGGGUGGCAGGGGCAGGACACCCAUUCAUUUCUUCAAGAUUAUACUCCCCUCCACUUUGCAAGACAUGACACUGAGAAUCCUUGAAAAGUUUGUGAAAAAAUUUGGAGAUGAGCUCUCCACUGUUGCUACACUCAUUGUUCCCAAUGGUGGUAUUUGGCAAGUGGGAUUGGAGAAAUUUGGCAAUAACAUUUGGUUUUGUGAUGGUUGGCUUGAUUUUGCUAAAUAUCAUUCUAUUUGUUAUGGGUUCUUUUUAGUCUUCAUAUAUGAAGGAAAUUCAAAUUUCCAUGUUCAUGUAUUUGAUAAGACUGCUAUUGAGAUUCAAUACCCAUCAAGGAAGAAUUGUAUAUUGGAAAAUCAGGUUGACAUAAUAGACUUAGAUGAUAGUCAUGAUACAGACAUAUCAGGGCAUGACGAGUUGAAUGAAAAUGAAAUGUCUAACUCAGAUGAGGUGCCCACAAAACAUGAAGUGAAAGAAAAGUUUGUAAGGAAAACAUUUUCUGGCAUGUCUUCAAAAGGGAAACUCAUGAUGUCAAGAGGAAGAGAGAGAGCAAUCCAAGCAGCCAGAAAGUUCAAACCUAAAAAUGCAUCUUUCAUGGGUAUCUUGCAGCCCUAUAAUAUACGCUUUAAUUAUAUGUUCCAAUCCUUCUUUUUUAUGCAGUAUGUGCCUGCUGAAUUUUCUAUCAAGUAUAUUAGUCAAAAUCAUAACGUCACACUUCAAACUUCUAACGGAAAACAAUGGCAUGUCCGGUGCCAUUACCACCAAUAUUCUGCCUCUUCAGCAAUGAAAAUGAGUAAGGGAUGUGCUGCAUUUUUCAAGGACAAUAAUUUAGAAGAAGGAGAUGUCUGUGUCUUUGAGGUGAUCAAGAGGAAGCCUGUUGUGCUUAGUGUUUCAAUAUUUCACGUGGUUGACCAUCAGAGUUCAGACUAG